CAGGAAAAGAAUUAGGCUUCAUGGGAGGGACGAGAGAUUUGUAAUUGAAGCAGUCAAGCUAUUCAAAGACCUGCUAUAACCUGUCUGUCCGCUUCACAUCAGGGAGACUUUGUCCUUGGGGCAAUUUCAUCAUUGACUAUUGUAACUAUUGCACUGUAAUAUUGGCUGGGAAAUGGCUUGAAGCACCUGUGCAGUGAAGGAUGAUUUUGUUCAUCAGCUGUGGAGAUGAGAUUUAGUGGAUCUUUACGGCCCUGACGCCAUCUACUCUGAAGUUACAGCCACAGGUGUAUUUUAAAUUCCAGCUAGCUCGUUUCUCUGACAAGUCUUACCGGUUGUCUGAAGCUGUAACGUGAAACCAACUUCCGCUGCCGUGUGGUGUCGUGAUUCAGGAGCUCUUGUGGUGUUUUCGGUGAUGACGGAGAGCAACACUCACUCACCUCACCUGUUCAAAACCCCCUCAAAACAACACCGCCGAGGAUGAUUUUUAUUUGACUACACGUAUUGUUUUUUUCUCCCCCGACGGACACCGGGGUGGCAGCCUACAUGACUGGAGGAAAUAAAAAAAAAUGCAUCAUCAUCGGAGUUACACACCCGUGUCUUGGCCUAUCAGAAAUAUUUUCUAAGAAAAACUGCAGCUGAUGGUAAAAACUACAAAUCCCAGCAGGAGAAUUGUUGAUAUAAUGAAAUAUUAAAGAUCCCAUCAAGUCAUUAUUCAGCACUACAGCAACACUAGUGGUCCAUAAAGGUAUAUUACGGUGAUUUCUCAUCUGGAUGUCAGUGACUGAUUACCAGAUGUGACUGGGAAUAUGAAUAUCCUGGCCUAACUCCCUGAACACCCUAAGGAUAAAGAUAAGUUAAGUGUGUGACUGCGGGAUCAACAGUAGCCAUGCACAGCCCUGCUCCUGAAAUUGUAGCUGGGUACCCAACCGGGUGCGUGGCAGAUAAAGAUGCCAAUCCAGAGACGACCUUGGGGAGUGCCUACUCUCCGGUGGACUACAUGAGCAUCACCAGCUUCCCCAGGCUGCCAGAGGACGACAUGCUGUCCGGGGAAAACACCUUAAAAUCUCGCAAAGAUGACGACAACGUCCUGAGUGAGCAGGAUACAGAUCCAGAUCUGUUUCUGAAGUCGGCUCGCCUACAGCGUCUCCCCUCCUCUGCUUCGGACCUGGCUAGCCACGAUCUCGCAUCCCUGCGGGAGACCACCGUAGACCCCUUUACAGAAGACUGUGCCUGCCAGCGAGAUGGACUGACAGUCAUCAUCACAGCUUGUCUCACCUUUGCCACGGGAGUCACUGUAGCUCUCAUCAUGCAGAUCUACUUUGGAGACCCACAGGUGUUUAACCAAGGAGCAGUGGUGACAGACGUGGCCCAGUGUACAUCUCUUGGCUUUGACGUCCUUGGGAAACAGGGGUCCAGUGUUGACGCUGCAAUCACUGCUGCCCUCUGUUUGGGAAUCGUCCACCCUCACACGUCUGGUAUUGGAGGUGGUGGAGUUAUGUUGGUGCAUGACAUCCGUAAGAAUGAGACGAGGGUCAUCGACUUCAGAGAGACGGCACCAUCUGCCAUCCACGAGGAGAUGCUGCAUACGAACCUUGAUCAAUAUCCCGGCCUGCUGGUGGGAGUACCAGGCAUGCUCAGUGGGAUGCAUCAGGCACACCAGCUCUAUGGCAGAAUGCAGUGGAAGGAUGUGGUUACCAUGGCAGCAGAUGUGGCCAGAAAUGGAUUUAAUGUUACUCAUGACCUUGCUGAAGCUCUGGCUAAAGUUAAGGACCAAAACUUGCCAGAUGCAUUUCGGGAUUUGUUCCUCCUGAACGGCCAGGCACCCCUCCCUGGGCUGUUAACCAGACGUCAUGAUUUAGCAGCCAUCUUAGAUGCCGUCGCAGUUAAGGGGAUAUCAGAGUUCUACAGUGGGAACCUGACACAGGAAAUGGCAGCAGCAGUGCAAACAAGAGGCGGAGUGCUCACAGAGGAUGACUUUGGAAACUACAGCACGGUCUUACAGCAACCGGCAGAGAUCAUCUAUCAAGGACACCAUGUGAUGGCAGCGUCAGCCCCGCAUGCAGGUGUUGCCUUGAUCACAGCUCUCAACAUCCUGGAAGGCUACAACAUUACCAGCCAGGUGCCCAGGAACAGCACCUACCACUGGAUUGCAGAGGCUGUGAAGAUAGCUCUUGCCCUGGCUAGUGAGCUGGGAGACCCCAUGUAUGACCCUUCUGUCUCAGAGAUUGUCGCCAAGAUGCUGAGUAAAUCACAGGCUUCCGUGCUCCGCCAGAUGAUCAACGACUCUCAGGCCUUCCCUGUCAGCCAUUACGCUACAUCAUUUACUCUGGAGAAGGGUGCAGCAGCUGCCCAGGUCAUGGUCAUGGGCCCAGAUGACCACAUUGUGUCAGUUAUGAGCUCUCUAAACAAACCAUUCGGCAGCGGGAUAGUGACUCCUUCAGGAAUCCUCUUGAAUAGCCAGAUCCUGGACUUCUCCUGGCCUAAUAAAACAGGGAGCUCAUCACCAAACCCACAUAACAGCCUCCAGCCUGGGAAGAGGCCGAUGUCCUUCCUGAUGCCAACUGCAGUGAGGCCUGCCGUGGGGUUAUGUGGCACAUACGUAGCCAUCGGAUCUUCCAAUGGAGAGAAAGCUCUCAGUGGCAUCACACAGGUGCUGAUGAAUGUUCUGUCUUCGCGUAAAAAUAUGAGUGACAGCUUAGCGUAUGGUAGACUUCACCCACAGCUGCAGCCCAACACCCUCCUUGUGGACUCUGAGUUUCUAGAAGAAGACGUGGAGCUGCUGCAGGCUAAAGGUCACAAGGUGGAGAGGAGAGAGGUUCUGUCAUUGGUGGAGGGCACCCGCAGAACCAAUGACCUCAUCAUUGGAGUGAAGGACCCCCGUAGUGCUGAUGCCUCCGCCCUCACUAUGUCCAACAUGCCCUAGUGCCCCCCUGCUCCCCCCAUACUCACACAUAAUGAAGGAGGGGUAAGAGUAACACUGUGUGAUUGAUGGUUAGUGAGGGAGUAAGGCUGCUCAUCAGCUAGUACAUUAGAAAUGAAUGGCAAAGCACAGUUGUUUGACAAGAAAAAAACAGUCAACAAAAAGACAUGCAGCUUUGUCUGAGACGACUUUGUAGGGAUCUGAUACGGAUCGUACGAUAGAUAUUGUUUUUUCUGGCACACAGAAAGUUUGCCAUCUCACAUACCGAUGUUGGUGUGCCCUCUCUCACAGCCUCAAGUAACGUUCAGGCCCAGUGUAGAUAGUGUUGAAAAUGUAUGUCUGUCCCUUAAGGGCAUCAGUCAAAGUCUGCAGCCUAUAUUACGCAGAGCAGGACAUAAAAAUGCAAGGCAUGUUCAUAAAAUUAAGAUCUGAUGCAUUCCAGUUCCACUUAAAGAAAGCAAUAAACUUUACCUAGUGCAGGUGAGAAAAAAAAAUUGGAAAUGUCUUAUAGCUUUUGAAGCUAUUUUCACAGUGUUGAGUUGCAGCUAGUUUUUGGCCUCUGGGGUAUUGAGCAGGACAUUCAAGUCUGAAUAUAAGAUUAUGAAUUCUGAUGAAAAUGAAUGAUGAACAAAGUGAUUUGGUGCAAGAAUGGGCAGACAUAAAAAAAAGAAGUAAGGAUGCCACACCUGGAAGCCACCAUUUACUACACAUGCAUGGUCCUCAGUGCAUUUAAGUCACCUUUCCCCUCUUUAAUUCUUCUACUGCAUUUCACCAUUAUUCCACAUAACACAUGAAAACACGUGGAAUGGUGAAGGUACCAAUAUUGAAACCUUGCAUUGUCACACCUGAAUUAGUCUAUUCUAAACUGAACACAGGCUAAACCAUUUACCCUCCUGCUCUUUAUAUGGUGUGUAACUGUGAUUAGAUGUUGUUUGGUACAGCUGCUGGAGUUUUAACUGUUGGCUCCUUGGGACCAUGUUAAGACACAUUAUUUACACAAAGUACAUCCUACAGAAUUCUGGAAAGACCUCCACAUGUCAAUUGAUUUCCUUAAUCAAAAGGAUUUGCUUCUGUUUCACAGGUGUUAUUAAAUUAAUUAUUACAUAUUACAAAUGGCUAAAUACAUAACUUAAGACUUUUUUAUCUGUUGCAUGAUUUAGUUUUAAAUUAAAGCAUACAUUUUUUUUUAUUUAGAGUGGGGAUACUUGUUUUUAGAAAGGGAAUAAUCUGAUUCAUUACAGAUGGAUUGAAUGUAAUCUGUCUAUUUUUAUAUGAACAUUUGUUUUGCUGUAUACAUUAUUUAUACUGUUGUAACACAAUGCAUUCAAUCAGCAUUUUAGAAAAGGCUCUUAUGUUUAUUUUUGUGUACGUAUUGUGUAAUUAUAUUAGGUUUGAAGCAAGAACCAAUAGCUUUUGUAAAGCAUUGCAUUCCAAAAUGGCCAGUGCUGACUGAUCAAACAUGUCUUUAACCUUAUUUACUCUGUUGUUGGGCACUAGUGCAAUAUGAGUGUUGAUGCUUGUUUCCUGUACUGUAGAGUACCAUGCCUUAAGGCACGCAUUUGCACAAUGCCUGUUUGAUUUCAUGUGCAGUUGUAUCUGAAUUUGAUCAAAAUCAGCAACGUCCAAACCCACGAAAUAAAAUGUUUGCACACACCCUA